GAGAGAGAGAGAGAUAUAUGCAGAUUGGCGCUUGUAAGAUCGGACUGUUGAUAAGUACAGUCAAUAUCAACCUGACAAUAACUGAAACCAAACCAGUCAGACUCAGGAGGUCUUGGGUGUAAUAAGCAGGAAGAAGAUCGCACAUCAUAACCAUCAAACGAACAGAGGGAUUCACUAUGACCUAGGCAACGAAGUUGUGGGCACAUACUGUUGUGGCGGGUUGGACUGGAAUGUGCUUUGGAGAUGACUUAUUGGCCCAGACUUCCCACCCAUCCCAAGAGGCGAUGUGACAGACAUUGUUGAAAAGAUGUUGAAGGUCUACAAUGAUGAAGGAUCCAACUGCAUGUGCUGAGUAAAAUCCGCUGUAAUGGAACACAGCGGUGAGUGGAGCUGGAGGGCAGGUCUGAACGAGCAUCAGUCCAGCUGUUCAGUGUGUGAGCAGGGGCUGAGAGACCCCGUCUCUUUUAACUGUGGACACAGAGUGUGCAGACAGUGCAUCGGCAGCUACAGGGACCAGCCUGCUCCAUCAGGAGACCCUGGCUGCCCCGAGUGUGGAAAGAGAUCCAGAACACAUUCUGAACCGAACCUACUACAACAACAUGGUAUUAGACACCAAGAAAAAGACCAACAUGUUGAGGAGCAUAGAGUAGUUUCUAUCCCAACCUCCAUUAGAGCUCAGGACGGAAGCACUAUCAUCGCCCCAUUCAUCUACAACUCUACUGUAAGAGACAUCAUCAUCACUGUGCCAAAAACAGAAGCCCCACAUAGCUGUUCCACACAACAAGUGAAUGAUAUUCUCAAGACAUACAAAGCCAGUCUGAGGAAGAAGUUUGCAUUGGUGUUAGAAGGCACCGCAGUAGAUCAAACUCCCCUUAAUAGGAUUUACACACAGCUCUACAUCACACAGGGAGAGUGUGAAGGGGUUAAUAAAGAACAUGAGGUUCGGCAGAUUGAAUAUACAUCCAGGAGAAAAACAUCACCAGACACCCCUAUCGACUGUAAUAACAUUUUUAAACAAUCACAUGGAGAAGAGGAACGCAUAAGGACUGUGCUGACGAAGGGCAUCGCUGGAAUCGGAAAAACGGUCUCAGUGAAGAAGUUCAUCAUCGACUGGGCAGAAGGACAAGCCAAUCAAGAUGUAGAUUUCAUAUUUGUGCUUCCUUUCAGAGAGCUGAAUCUGAUUAAAAAACAAUGCAGUCUUCAUGGACUUUUAAAUGGCUUUCACCCUGAACUUUCUGAGAUAGAAGAUGUAAAGCACUACACUGAUGGUGAAGUUCUGUUCAUCUUUGAUGGUCUGGAUGAAAGCAGACUUCCCUUGGAUUUCCAAAACAACGAGACACUGUUUGAUAUGACACAGAUCUCAUCAGUAGACAAGUUGCUGACUAACCUCAUCAAGGGGACUCUGUGUCCCAAAGCGCUCAUCUGGAUAACCUCCAGACCAGCAGCAGCAAAUCAGAUUCCCCGUGACUUGGUCAGCCGGAUUUCAGAAGUACGAGGAUUCACUGACACGCAGAGAGAAGAAUACUUUAAGAAGAGAUUCGGUGAAGGGAAACUAGCCAACAAAAUCAUAACACAUGUAAAGACAUCAAGGAGCCUCCACAUCAUGUGCCACAUACCAGUCUUCUGUUGGAUCACUGCAAAGGUUCUAGAGGAUGUGUUUUGUAGACAGAGAAAUGAGAGAGGAGAGAUCCUUACAACUCUGACUGAGAUGUACGCUCGCCUCAUGGUCAUUCAGAUAAACCUGGCAAAUGAAAAGUAUCAGGGGCAGAAUGAGAGGGAUAGACAGAAGAUCUUGGCAUCAAAGAAAAUCUUAAUUUUGAACCUGGCACGAUUAGCAUUUGAACAGCUGCAAGAGGGCAAUAUCAUAUUCGACGAGGAAGACCUGAGAAACUGUGGGAUUGAUGUUAGUGAAGCCUCAACAUACUCAGAGUUUUGCACAGAAUUCCUGAAAGAAGAGUGUGGGUUGUAUUCAAAGGUGUACUGUUUUGUGCACCUGACCUUUCAGGAGUUCCUUGCUGCACUGCAUGUCUUUCACUGCUGUGUGAGCAACAACAUCAAGGCCCUUGAGUCUUUCCUGGAGAAUACUUCUGCAGCGCUUCCCUUGCAUGAGUUGCUGAAGAUGAUGGUGGACAAAGCCAUGAAUAGUCUAAAUGGACACCUGGACCUAUUCCUCCGCUUCCUUGUUGGCAUAACACUGGAUUCCAAUCAGAGAUUGUUGCAAGGCCUACUGCCAAAGACAAAGAUCAGCUCAGAGACUGUUGAGGAGAUUAGAAAAUACCUCAAGAAUCCUGGUGCACAUCAUGUGUCACCUGAAAGGUACAUAAACCUUUUCCUCUGUUUGACUGAGAUGAAGGACAAUUCAGUUCAGGAGAACGUUCAGAAGUUCCUUGAGUCUGGAGAAGAACUGUCACCUGCUGACUGCUCAGCACUGGCCUAUGUGCUUCUGAUGUCAGAGGAGGUGCAGGAUGAGUUUGACCUGGUGGAAUACAACACAUCAGAGGAGGGGCAUGACAGACUGCUCCCAGCUGUAAGAAACUGCAGAAAGGCAAUACUGUCUGGCUGUACUCUUUCAAAUCAGGUCUGUGACACACUGGCCUCCGUUCUCCAAUCUGCAUACUCACCUCUGAGAGAUUUGGACCUGAGGAACAGUGAGCUGUUUGAUGAUGGAGAGUUUAUACUUUUUGCUGGACUGGAGGAUCCACACUGCAAACUGGAGACACUGAGACUUACUGGCUGUGGCAUCACAGGGGAGUCUUGUGAAAUAUUGGUCUCUCUUAACUUAUCUCUUAUUGAGUUGGACCUGAGUUACAACAGACUGAAGGAUUAUGGAGUGAAGCUGCUUGCUGCUGGAUUGUUGAGCCUACACUGUAAACUGGAGAAACUGAGGCUGAAUCGAUGUUGUCUGACAGAAGACUGUUGUGAAGACUUGGCCUCAGCUCUCAGCUCAACCUCCUCUCACCUGAGAGAGCUGGACCUGAGUCACAAUGACCUGCAGGAUUCAGGAGUGAAGUUGCUCUCUGCUGGACUAGGCCAUCAAAACUGUAGACUAGAGAUACUGAGGCUGUCAUUCUGUAAAGUCACAGAGGAAGGCUGUGCUGUUCUGGCUUCAGCUCUGUGGUCAAACCCCUCCCACCUGAGAGAGUUGGACCUGUGCUUCAAUCACCCAGGAGACUCAGGCGUGAAGCUUCUUUCUGCUAAACUGGAGGAGGCCCAUUGUAAUCUCAAUGUGGACCAUAAUGAAGAGAUCUGGAUAGAACCACAGCUGCUUAAGAAGUAUGCCUGUGAGCCCACUCUAGACCUAAACACAGUAAGCAGACUCCUAUCUCUGUCUCAAGGAAACAGACAGGUGACAGGGGUUCGACAGCAGCAGCUGUAUCCUGACCACCCCGAGAGAUUUGACUGUCCACAGGUGCUGUGUACAGAGGGUCUGAGUGGGCGCCAUUACUGGGAGGCAGAGGGGAGUGGCCACUUGACUGUCAUAGGAGUGGCAUAUAAAGGAAUCAGCAGAAAAGGAAAUGGUCGUGUCUGUAAGCUUGGAUCCAAUGGCAAUUCCUGGUGUCUUGCCUGCUCGAAGUACCAUGACUCUGCCGACUUCAAUAAUAAAACCACUAAAAUAACCUCCCCUCCAAAGCUAUCUGAGCAAAACAAGAGAGUAGGAGUGUUUUUGGACCAUCCUGCUGGCACUGUCUCCUUCUAUGAGGUCUCCUCUGACACAAUGACCCACCUUCACACUUUUCAGACCACAUUCACUGAGCCCCUCUAUCCAGCGUUUGGAAUCCAGAGUACAAACUCCUCAGUGUCUUUUGGGGUUGCCAGUAAUCCUGUAGAGGCUAAGAGGCCAUCGGUGGAAGAAUUUCAAGAAAUGGGUGGUAUUUCCUUAACUGGAGGCGUUCUUCAUAAAGAUCUUUUCCAUUACAGAAACUGAAGAAGCACAAAUGUUUCUAUUGCUAAUUUUACACAAUGAUUGUGGUAGAUGUUUCAAUCGUAAGGUGACCCUGAAGAAAUCACAAUAACAUUCACAAGAGGGGAAAACAUCUGCAUUGUGAAUUUUAGUUUUCUUGCAAGUGAAAAAACAACAGCACGAGAGCACAGAGAAAGAGGAUAAAAACGUGAAAGUCAAUGUGAAAAUGUGUUGAUUACAACAAGAUUUAAGAGCACGUUAAACCUUACAGCUUUAAGAAAAUACCACCUACGUAACAUAGUAGCUGCUGUAGGGCACAGCUGGAUUGAAUAGGCGUAAGUUUCAGGAAUAAAUGACUUAAUGCUAGAAGUAGAGGAAUAUUGUUGAGACCUAAUUUCCAAGGGUAUGUACAGUAUUCACCUUCACCCACUGUUACCGGACAGAGCCACUAUCCUCUAUGUUCUCUUCUGUUAAAGAAUAAGGUUCCUUGUUUGAAUAUUAAAAUAUGUCCCAUCUAGGCUACUUUAGCUGAGUUUACACAGGCAGCCCAAUUUUGAUAUUUUGACCAAUCAGAACAUUGCCAGUAAUUGGACAAAUUAUUAGAAUUGGACUGCCUUUGUAAACUUAGACUAAGGCUCUGUGUUUUAAACUAGCUUAAAUAUUGUUAGAAAUGAUGCUCUAAUGCUUUAUUAAAGCUGUUUUUAAACAUAAUUUUAUAAAACUUCAUUUGCUUAUUAUUCCUAUUGUUUCCGGAUAGUAUCAGGUAGAGAGAUACAGGUAAAUGCCGAAAUAAACAGAUAGUAUCAGGUAGAGAUACAGGUAAAUACUAUCCGUUUAUUUUGGCAUUUACCUGUAUCUCUACCUGAUACUAUCCAUUUAUUUUGGUAUCAGGUAGAGAUACAGGUAAAUGCCGAAAUAAACGGAUAGUAUCAGGUAGAGAUACAGGUAAAUGCCAAAAUAAAGGGAUAGUAUCAGGUAGAGAUACAGGUAAAUGCCAAAAUAAACGGAUAGUAUCAGGUAGAGAUACAGGUAAAUGCCAAAAUAAACGGAUAGUAUCAGGUAGAGAUACAGGUAAAUGCCAAAAUAAAGGGAUAGUAUCAGGUAGAGAUACAGGUAAAUGCCAAAAUAAACGGAUAGUAUCAGGUAGAGAUACAGGUAAAUGCCAAAAUAAACGGAUAGUAUCAGGUAGAGAUACAGGUAAAUGCCAAAAUAAACGGAUAGUAUCAGGUAGAGAUACAGGUAAAUGCCAAAAUAAAGGGAUAGUAUCAGGUAGAGAUACAGGUAAAUGCCAAAAUAAACGGAUAGUAUCAGGUAGAGAUACAGGUAAAUGCCAAAAUAAACGGAUAGUAUCAGGUAGAGAUACAGGUAAAUGCCAAAAUAAACGGAUAGUAUCAGGUAGAGAUACAGGUAAAUGCCAAAAUAAACGGAUAGUAUCAGGUAGAGAUACAGGUAAAUGCCAAAAUAAAGGAAACACCAACAUACACCAACAGCUUCAAUGCACUUUGGCAUAGAUUCCAGUGUAAACUCUAUUGGAGGGAUGAGACACCAUUCUUCCACAAGAAAUUCCAUUAUUUGAUGUUUUGUUGAUGGAAAACCCUGUCUCAAGACCCCGCUCCAGAAUCUCCCAUAAGUGUUCAAUUGGGUUGAGAUCUGGUGACUAAAAAAGCCAUGGCAUAUGGUUGAAAUAAUUUUCAUGCUCAUCAAACCAUUCAGUGACCACUCAUGCCCUGUGGAUGGGAGCAUUGUCAUUCUAUGGGGCAGAGCCAUAGUAGCCAAAAUAAUGGCCUGCCCAGCAUUUUUAUACAUGACCCUAAGCAUGAUGGGAUGUUUUUUGCUUAAUUAACUCAGGAACCACACCUGUAUGGAAGCACCUGCUUUCAAUAUACUUUGUAUACCACAUUUUCUCAAUUGUUUUCAUUAUUUUGGCAGUAACCGCUAUGUUUCCACAAUCCCAAUGUAACUUCUCAGUCCUUCACAUUAGAGACCUUUGGCUCCAUCUGCUGGCUUCUGGAAAAUAAAGCAUUGCCAAAACAA